AACAUCGAUUAACUCAACAAUGCUUGUCAUAAAACGUCGAACAUAAAAUAGGCCAUUCAUAGAUGCAAAUUGCUGAAUACGUGGUAUUAACGUCCGGGAAAGAAUAUUUCAAAGUUCUGAGCACAUCAGGAACAUACUGACAACGAAAUCGCUUACAACGUCCUUCUUUCUCAGUUCACGAUCCAGCCUUCCAGCAGAUGGACCACUACAUUGUUUCAUGACAGGAGGAGUCAUUUCUCAACUGGGGUAUAAAUCCGUCUGAAAAUUCCUGAAUUGGCAUCAGUGAAGUUCUUGAGCUUGUGAAAACAAUAGCUUCUUCAAGUUAUAGAACUAGUGACAAUAUCAUUUUAAUACUUCCGACGAAAAUGAGACGUGAAAUUUCGAGGUUUGUUGCUCCAAUGCUGCUGGCCCUCAUAGUGUUGGCAGUCACCGGAUUUGAUGGCAAUUUAGCAGCGGAAAUGAACGCCCCGAAAGUCAACGUUGAACGAAAACCAACUGGUUCGGAAAAUUUGACGAAGACGGACGUUGAUACUCCCCUCGAUCAGGGGGAAAGCAGAAGUUUUGGACUGUUGAAAUUACACGAAAAGAAUAAGCGACCUAAAGCAAGCUACGGAGCACCGAAGCCAAAAGGACAAUACGGAGCCCCGAAAGCACAAUAUGGACCUCCAAAGUCACAAUACGGACCUCCAAAGCAACAAUAUGGACCACCAAAGCCACAAUACGGGGCUCCAAAACCAAACUACAAAGCUCCAGCGCACAGUGCUCCGGCUUACAGUCCUCCAGCUUACAGUCCUCCUGCUUACAGUCCUCCUGCUUACAGUCCUCCUGCUUACAGUCCUCCUGCUUACAGUCCUCCAGCUUACAGUCCUCCAGCUUACAGCCCUCCUGCCUACAGCCCUCCUGCCUACAGCCCUCCCUACAGCCCUCCUGCCUACAGUCCUCCUGCGUACAGCCCACCAGCUUACAGUCCUCCUGCAUACAGCCCACCAGCUUACAGUCCUCCAGCUUAUAGUCCUCCCUCCUACACUACCCCUUCUUACACUUCUCCUUCUUACAGCGCCCCACAAUAUAGUUCUCCUGACUACAGUGCUCCCGAAUAUCCUGCAGGUCCACUUGAAUCCGAAGUCCAUCACUCUUCUCCAGAGGCCCCUAAUUACGAAUAUCCAGAAUACUCUCCACCUACCUACACAGAAGCACCAGCUUACCAACAACCAGAGUAUUCUCCUGAACACAGCGAUGCUCCUUAUGCUCCACAGUCAGAGCCUGAACAUCCUUCACAUUACAACGAGGGUGUUUCAAACUUCCCAGAAUCUAACAAAGAUUUCAGUGCGAACUUCUUUGGACAGGGCAAUGACUUUCCAAAAUUUGAUGAUUUCUUAAAACCUAAUACCUUUGAAUUCCCAAGUUUUAAAGAGUAAAUCGACGCUUUCUAGUGUACCGAAGUCCAACGCAAUUUAAGAGUCAUCUAGAAACAUUGCACCCGUUUUAACGAGUCGUUCCCUUUUCCCAUAUUAGUAAUCCACCUGUUGUUAAGUUAUCCUAUUUCCGCAUUCUCGACAUAAUUUGAACGCUAGACGAAAGAGAAAAAAAAAUCAACGUUUUAAGAUGACGAGUUUGCAAAGCUCAUCAAUUGAAUGGAAAUAUUGCCCAUGUAAAAACCGUGAGAUUAUAUGACUUGUUAUGUUUUUAAUUCAGUGUGUUAUGCUUUACAGGAUUUGGGAAUACAUCUAAAUAAAAUUUAUCA